UAGCCAAUAAGAGCAGCACUGACACUUUUGUAGGUAGCAGCAUGUUUCUGUUCGAAAGUUUAACGUGUUCUGAAUAUAUUUCUGAUCAGUUGUAGUCGUUCCAAUGUCAACGGGGACAAAUGAGUCAGAGAAAAGUUACGUUGAGAAACCAAUUCCUUCCAACUGGUUUCUACAGCACCCAAUGUAUCAGCAUUUGACGAAAUUGGAGAUUGGGGAAUCCGCUCAAGUGUAUGCCGCCUUUCUAGUUUACCUGGAUCUGACUGAAGUGCGUCAGUGGAAGGACGUGUCAGGCGUUGAAUGUGCUGAGUUGCAGUUGGUAUUGCUGGAGGGGAGGGAGAAGGAGGGGGCACCAGUACAGAGCGUGCUCCCUCUACCUGCACACAGGACUCUGAGCCACAGAAGUGUGCGGACAGUGUUGGGCCGGGGCAGCCCUAUGCUGCUGUGUGUGGUGGCGUCUGACUCCAGCCUGGUUUACCAGAGGAUGAGUGACGGCCUGCUGACCCCGGAUCCUCCCGUGGGCAUCCAGGAUCUGGGCCGCCGGCAGCACCGCAAAAGGCGUCAGCAGCCAUGGACGGGGAAGCAGUAGAGGGGAGAAUCCUGCGAAACCCAGGAUGCAUAUAGUACAACCAUCCACCUCACACACCUGGUAAUGAAUAGAUGUGGUGUUUCAGAGGGGUGAUCAGGGGACAUUAUGUGAGGUUCUGUUGGUUUGGUGUAGGAAAAGCAGAAAUUCCUGAAUAAUCAGAAGAUGUGUACCCUUUAUUUACGGAUAUUAAUAUGGACUUGCAGAUGUUGAGUAUUGUCAUUUUACAGAGUGGAUGCUGCUUCCUCUAUUUUGUAUUCCUGACCUUAUUUGAUUGAGUGGUGUGGUUUGUACAGCAUAAAAUGUGUCAAAUUACUUUUGAUAUAA